AUGAAUGACGUGCAAUGGUGUCACUUGAAACGGCUACGCGAAGCAAGUUGGCAAUUCUUUGAUCCUUUAUCAGCCAGCCCAGAACAUUUACAAAAUUUAAGUACAUGUGUAAAACUAGUGGUCCAAGUACCUGUACAUGUCUCACAGGGAAACUUUUCUACUGAUGAAGAGAAUGAGGUCAUCAGCGAUGCUGAUGGAAACUUUUCAGAUGCUGAUGAAGGCUCUUCUGCUGAUGACGAGGGUGAUGUUUUUAGCACAGCUGAUGAGAACUUUCCACAGACUCAUAUUGUCAGAAACCACAGUGCAGUUUGUGAGGGAAGCACAGAAGAAAGAGAGGAGUGUGCCAGUGAGGAAAAAAUAUAUCCAAAUGCCAAAAUCACUAAUGAAGAAUCUCUGCUGUGUAUACUUGCCUACAGCCUCAGGCAUACAACAUCCAAAGUGGCUUUGAGUGACUUGUUAGAUCUUAUCAAUCUCCACUGUCCUGAUUCAACCAAUGGUGUUCCAGAUAGCUUAUACAAGUUCAUGAAAUCCUUUCACUGUGACACUUUUGAAGUCCAGUAUAUUUGCCCAUCCUGCCAAUUUUUCUUUGGUAAUGAAAUCCCCACCCACUGUGCUUCAUGCAAUUGUACCCCAGGGUACAUGGAAAACCUAAUCAAAUCUGGCUCUGUCUUUAUUAAGUUAUCUAUUUCAGAUCAGUUAAGAGGUAAAUUUCAAGAUACAGAUUUUUGUGAGUCUUUGAAUUACAAAUGGUCAAGGACAAAGCACAACUCACAAAAUGUUGAAGACAUAUUUGAUGGUACUAUGUACAAAUCGAUUGAUGCACUAAAUGACCCAAAAUUGACGAAUAUUUCAGUGUCCUGGAAUGUUGAUGGUGUUCCAAUUUUCAAAUCUUCUCCUUUUCAUAUCUGGCCACUUCAAGUCACAAUCAACGAGCUCCCCCCUAAUCUGAGGGCAAAGCAUGUCAUUCUUGGCGGUUUGUGGUUUGGGCCAAAAAAGCCAGAAAUGAACUCGUUUCUGCAAUCAUUUGUUAAUGAAUUGCAAAGUCUUGAAAACCAAGGGUUACCUUGUCAGUGGAAAGGUGAAAAAUCAGUAGUCCAUGUAUACAGUUUGCUUUGCAUUUGUGAUUCAGUGGCUCGUUGUGCUGUACAGAAUGUCAAGCAAUUUAAUGGAGAGCAUGGUUGUAACUGGUGUUAUCAAAAGGGUGAAGUUGUAGAAAAGGGAAACGGGUUUACAAGGGUUUACCCUUUGCAGUCAACAGAGCCAGAGCUGAGAUCACACAAAAAACACACUAAAGAUGCUCAGCAAGCUGUUGAUUCUGGAACAUGCAUAAAUGGUGUAAAAGGUCCAUCUCCUCUAAUGCUGCUGAUGUUUUUUAAUAUGGUUUCUGGAUUUGCAUAUGAUUACAUGCAUGGCAUAUUACUUGGUGUUUGUCGCCAGCUGACUACCCUAUGGUUUGACUCCAAAUACCAUACAGAGCCUUGGUACAUUGGAAGAGAAAUCGAGCAAAUUGAAACAAGGUUACUUGCCAUUAAACCACCUUCAAGUAUAACAAGACCACCCCGUUCAAUUUCUUUGCGCAAAUAUUGGAAAGCUUCGGAAUACAGACACUUUCUCUUAUUUUACAGCCUUCCCUGUUUGUUCGGCAUUUUACCCAGACAAUAUCUUGACCAUUUACUACUUCUAGUGCAGGCUACACACAUUCUCCUUCAAGAUUCAAUUUCCUCCCAUGACAUUGACAAAGCUGAUGGCCUUUUAAAAGCAUUUGUGGACCGUUUUGAGUCUCAGUAUGGAAAGUGUCAUGUGUCUUAUAAUGUCCACAUACUUGUACAUGCAGCAGCAUCUGUGAAAAAUUGGGGUCCUUUAUGGAGUCACAGUGCAUUCUUAUAUGAGUCCCAGAAUGGACACCUUCAGAAACUCUUUCAUGGCACACAAGCUGUACCAGAACAAAUUGUUAACAUGUUUAACCUUUACCAACAUGUUCCACGACUCAUUGCUGCUGUAUUCAAUGAUGAACAAACACAGCAAAGCAAAAGCUUUGUUGAAAAAAUGUUGGGAGGCACCAAUAUUGUGAGAAAGUGUAUUGGUAGUUCUAGUGUGAUGUUUCUUGGAUGCCCACAUGUACGACAGCCAACCCCAAGAGAGUCUCAUAUCCUUCAAGAGUCAGGUUUUAGUGCAAAUAAAGCGUUCAGUUUUUAUUCUAGGGCUGUGGUUAAUGGCAGGCGAAUUCAUUCAAAAGGAGCAAAGUCUUUAUCUAAAAGAAUCAACCAUGCAGUUCAAACCAAACAUGGGUCUAUAGCAUUAGUACGAUCAUUUAUAGACGUAGGCAAUGCGCAAGGAGAGGGUCAUGCCUUCAUUGAUGUUAUGAAAACAACAAGUAAUGACAUCAGCAAAGACAGAGAAUCAGGGAUAACAGCAACAAGCAUUUUAAAAGAAAGAGGGAUUGACUCAGUUGAACUUAUCAAAUGCACAGACAUACAUUCAACCUGUGUCUACCUCAAGGACCUACCAGGUCUUGCAAAUAAUUUUUUUUGCAUCCAACCAAAUAGAUGGGAGUUGGAUUAAAAACAAAAUAGCUGCAUCUUCAUGUUAUAAAAGGUAAAAAUGUACAGUAUACAGACUCAUAUCUCUUGAAUGUUGACAUGUCGUGGAUGUUUGCAUAAAUGUAUCAUUUUGAAAUGAUUUAGAAUUUUUUUUAUAAUUGCCUAUUUAUUCUUACUCUUAAUUUUUUUAAUUUACUUGUUAAGACUCAUUGUUUUGUCCCAUUGCUGCCAACAGCCAGAGCAUAAUAUAUCAAAAAAUAGUUCCAUGAA